UUAUAAUUAUUUGGAAAAAUUAAAACAACUUUUGGAAAUAAAUUUAUAAAAUAUCAUUAAAAGAUUAACGAAAAAAUAUGGAAUAUCAAGAUGAGAGUAUGGACUGUGAAGAUAAAAAUAUAGAAGAUGACAUAAAUGAAAACGAGGAUCAAAAUGCAAUGUAUUCAGAACUAAAUUCUGCAACUAAAAAAAGAUUGCAUUCUUUAAAUUUAAUGCAAAAAGUGCAGUUAAUUGAUAGAAUUCAUGCUGGAGCGAAAAGAAAGGAAGUAGCUAAAGAAUAUGGCAUCAACAGAUGUACGGUAUCAAGAAUUAUGAAACAAGAAAGUAAAAUUAAAAGCAUGAUUUCACAAAACCGAUGUACUUCGAGGAAAAAAUUAAGAUCAGGUAAACAUGAACUAGUUGACGAUGCUCUUUUUUUAUGGUACCAUCAAAUGAGAAGUAAAAAUGUAGUGUUAAGUGGCUCAUUAUUCAUAAAGCAAGCAAUUAUAUUUUCGAAUAAAUUGAAAUUAGAUUUUGAACCAAGUAAUGGAUGGUUUGAACGUUGGAAAAAAAGAAAUAACGUAUCGUUUAAAACAUCUCCAAAAGAUUUUUUAAAUUAUGUUUUUUUAAAUGAUGAUACUCAAAGAUUGGCAGCUAUUCUUAAAGUUCUAGAAAAGUUUAACCCCACGAAUAUAUUUAAUGCUGACGAAACAGCACUAUUUUAUAAGGCUGUUCCAAACCAUACAGGAUCUAACACCAAUCAAUCGAGAAUUAUUAUUAACAAUAAAGAACGGUUUACAGUUUUCCUAAUGACCAAUAUGAAUGGUUCUGAAAGAAAGGCAUAUGUUAUUGGUAGAAUAAAAGAACCACCUUGUUUCAUUGGAAAACAUGUUCCAUUACCAUAUUAUUCAAAUUGCAAAGCAUGGAUGACAAGCAACAUUUGGAUGACCAUAUUAAAAGAUUUAGAUAAGGAAAUGUCGUUACAAAAUCGAAGAAUAGUAUUAUUUGUUGAUGACGCUGAGUGUCAUAAAAUAAAAGAUGAAACAGUAUUUCUAAGCAAUAUUGAAUUGUUAUACUUCCCAAAAAAUGCUAAACAAAACUUACAACCACUUACUGGUUUAAUAAGAGUAUUCAAAGCAUAUUAUCGCCAACAUAUUAUAAAAAAACAGUUAGCGUCGUUCGACAGAGAUAUUCCAAUUGAAAAAUUUUUGAAAACAAUUGAUUUGUUAGCUGCAAUCUCAAUGAUCCGUGAUACAUGGUUAUGUCUUCAAACAUCUAUUAUUAAAAAAUCCUUUCACAAAUGUGGUUUUAUAUUUCCAAAAAGUAAUUCCAAUACUUGUGAAAAAAUUACAUUUAAAAGCGAAAUAACAUCAAAUGAUGGAGACCAAGAAAUAGGCGCAGAUAAUGUGUUUUUUAUUGAAGUAAGUAAAGAAUUAAACCAUUUAAAUAUAAAAGAAGAACAAGUUGAUAUUGUGGAUUUGCACCAACAACAAAAAGAAGAUGAUGAAAAUUUUGAACAAAAUGAAUAUAUAGAAGUUCCCGAAAUGGCACAAUUAAAUUUCAUGGAAUUUUUGGAUAUUGAUUCAAAACAAAAAUGCUUUGGUGAUUUGGAUGAUGAUGAGAUUUUAAUUGAAUGCAAAAAUCCAAAUGGAUAUUUUGAUUCUGAUCCUGUUUCUGAUGAUGUUGAACUUGAAGAUAUGAAUCGUCAAAUAACUAAAAAGGAAAUUUUGUUGUCAUUAGAUACUUUAAAAGAUUAUCUAAAACAAAAUAAAUCUAAUAUGGUGAUUUUUGAAGAAUUAGAAGAACAAAUCUUACAAUUGACCACAUCAAAAUCACAAACGGUUAAAAUUUGUUUAGAUAAAUUAUAA